AAACAAAUCCGGUAGAGGAUAAAAAAAAAAUCCACAGGAGAGAGAAAAAAAAAUUCCUCUCACCUCCACCAACCCUAGCCAAUCCUCCUGCUGCGCCAUGACGCGGGACGGCGUGCCUCCGGCGGCGCCCCCGCCGGUGGCCGGCUCCGGCUCUGGCGGCGCGGUGGCGGCGGCGGGCGACGGGCCCAGGCGGUGCUCGCAGUGCGGGCACCACGGGCACAACGCGCGCACCUGCACCGCGCGGCCCGUCAAGCUCUUCGGCGUGCGCAUCGGGGACAAGCCCAUCCGGAAGAGCGCCAGUAUGGGGAACAUCGCGCACCUCGCUGCGGAGGGCAGCGGAGGAGGAGGAGGCGGCGGCGGUAGCAGGGAGGAAGGGUACGGCUCCGAUGGGGAGCGUCCGCACAAGAAGCGAGGUGAGGCAUGGACUGAAGAGGAGCACAAGAAGUUUCUACUUGGCUUGAAUAAGCUAGGGAAAGGUGAUUGGCGUGGUAUAUCCCGCAAUUAUGUUAUUUCAAGGACACCUACUCAAGUGGCUAGCCAUGCACAAAAGUAUUUCAAUCGCCAAACAAAUGUGCAUAGAAGAAAGAGAAGAUCAAGCCUAUUCGAUAUGGUGAUUGAUGACUCGCCUGAUCAGCUUCCGCUCUCACGUUCAUCGUCACAAGAAGUGGAGCAGCAACAUUUAGAUGAUCCACAGCCUGUUGCAGCCCUGCCUGCCCCUGUGGUCUCUCCAGCUACUGUGGUACCUCCUUCUGUUCCUGUGGAAGUGCCUGCUUCAGUUCCAGCGCCCGUUCAAGUCCCAGUUCCAGUUCCAGCUCAAGUGGUGACAUCUCAGCCUAUGGAGCAGGACUCGGUUGCCUCAAGUUCAAGUGCUGGAGAGGCAGGGGCUGUGAUGCCAGGAGCCAUGCCCCCCUAUCUUUAUCCAAUGAUGAUUCCUCCUCCCUACUACCAUCCUGCAUUUGUUCCAGUGCCCUGCUACGGUUAUGUUCCGUUUUACUAUGGGCCACCAGGUGUUGCACAAGCUCCACAUGAGGUUGUCAAGCCAGUGGCUGUGCACUCAACACCCCCAUUAAACGUCAAAGACCUUUACAAUAUGUCUGAAUUGAGCCUGAAGGGUGACUCAGAUGCAAAUGGUGGAGUGCCUGCUUCUCCCUUGCCUCCAAAGCCAAUUGGUGGACCAGAGAGGCAAUCUGCUUUCCAUGGAAAAGGUACCAGUGGCUCGUCAGGCGGACUAAUUCCUGCAGUCAAGUGACUUUGAUUCUGCUCCUAAACAUGCCUUCAUGUGUAUGUAAUACUUAGAGAGGAUAGCCCAAUCAUAAUAGCCUGUGCUGGUAAAAUGGUGUCGUGGUUUCUUGCAAAAUAUCUAUACUGCUCAUUUUAGUUCUCACCAGUUUGGAAGUCAUGAUCUGUGGGUAAAUAUAUUGUUAGUUUGUCAUUAAUUUAGCAAUAUUCUUCUGUUUUUUCCCCUUCAGUUUGCCCCAAUUUUAUCCAUCUACUAUCACCAAAGUUAUCAAUCGUGUAUUAUUUGGUCUUA